UUCUAUAGUCUAUUGCUUAGAACGAAGAUUGUGGCAGACUUGUUUUUCAUAAAGUUUGCAUAGCUAUUUUCCACACACUUUCCAAAGUAAGAAAGUGAUAUCCACGUAGUUUUUCUAAAUUGUUAUCUCGAAUACAGAAUAUGUGUUGAAUGUGAAUAGUGUGCCUAAAUAUACUAAAAAAAAUGGCUACCGUGUUCGAUAGCCCUUUCAUUCGACAACGUUUACAUAGACUGAGGCGUCGUGAUUAUGAUUUCGAUGAAGAUCAAAGAUUUGGGCGAUGUGACUGCACGAGCUAUUCUUAUUUUGUGCUUUCAAUGGUGUUAUUUUCGGUGGGCACUAUGAUAACAGUGUUAGCUCUGGGCGACGCUGAUGGCUAUAUUCUGAGUAAUCUGGGACACAUGUGGCUAGUGGGUCCAAUAUUUAUAUGUUCUGGUAUGAUGGUUGCCGUGAAAAGUAUGUUGUAUUUACGGAGAAAAAGCGUGAUUCAAAUGUUGCUUCAUCAGCGGGCUAUAAUCAGGGAUAUGGCAGCAGUCCAAGCCGAACAAGCCUACAGUGGUCAAGUACCUCGUACUGCAUCUAGUGCAACAUUGCCACCUUCUUAUGACGCCUUAAUAGGAAAUGCUGCCACUAGUAAACCUCAACCUUCGAGCUCUGAACCUCCACCCCCAACAUAUGACGAAGCAAUGUAUCUCAUUGAUGAUGAAAAGUUACGAAAUGAUAACAAAAACGAUGACAGUGCCAAACAAGAAACUAGUAAUCAAACAUCUAGUAGCAACUUGGAUGAUAGCAAACCAUGAACGAUGAGAAUAAUACUUAAGUGUACUUGUUUAUUAAUUAGAUAUGUAAGAAAACAAAAACUUAAUUCUUCCUUUUGUACUUAUAUUUUUAGAUACAUAGUCACUUACUAUUAAUAUAGUAUUUCUCGGACGUGCCUAAAAUAUUGAUUUGUUAGCAAUAUUGUUAUAUAUAUCUCUCAAUGUAAAGGGUAUCUGUAAUUUAAUAACUAGCUUAAGAUAAACUUAUGAACUUAUGAUGUGUUGACUGCCUCUUGCUAUGAGCUGAUCUCUUUGUGUAAUGAGAGAUGAUUUUAGAUCUGUUUGUAUGAAAAAACAUUAUUGCUUGUUUGGAACAAUAAUGACAUGAAAUACAUACACUUGAAUGUGAAAUAUAAAUGAUAUUAUGUAACAAGGAAAAAAUAAUUAGAAUUAUGAAAUGUUAUGUGUAGUUAUUGUCACAAAUAAGAAACUAAUGUAAAUAUACAUAGUAUUAUUUCAUCAUAGCACUUUGGCAGUCUCAUAUUGUGGCAUUCUAGUGUGACAAGAUACUUUAUGUAUCAGUUCUUUCUACUCUGUAAGGUGUGUCUAAUCCAAAAACGCAAUUUAUUUUCUUUAAAAUGGUAAUUUGUGAAAACCAUAAUUUUAUGUAAGGAGCUUACAUCCAGUGUAAUGAGCUAGGGAGAAAGUUAUUCAUGUAUUUAUUGGCUCCACUAUUAUUGCAUUACACAUUCUGCAAUGUUACUAAUGAUUAAUAUGAAGACUGAUGCAUUUAUAUUAGUAAUGUUGCCAGAAACCCCAUGUAUUGAUCUGAUAAAAGAUAAAAUUUUAAAAUUACUGCCAAAGAUUGUGGGCAUAGCAUGAUACACUUGAAGUUUGUUUGAUAUUUAGAUAAAAAGUUCAAGUUAUCUUUGUAUGCCCAAUGUUCAGACUGGCAAACAUUAAAAAUGUAGAACAGAUUACUUCCAUUCCUGUGAUUUUUCAGCAGAAGUUGCUAGUUUAUAAAAUAAAUGAAGCAUUUUGCAGUAUUUACUGAACUCAAAUAUUUACCUUCCAUUUUGUCAACCAUUUUAGUGUUUAUACAAUAAUAAGGUCAUUUAUUUCAGUCAAGGCUAUUUAAUUUCAUGCUAAGAAAAAUUAGUACUUAAAAGACUUAACUGAAGUGUUCUUUUUAUUAAAGGUUAAACAUGGCCUUUGUUCUGAGAAAAAUAUGUGCCUUUUGUAGCAAGUGCUCUUUGCAAUUUUUUAGGUGGGAUGUAGAUUUGACAUAGGUAGUUGUAGAUUAGAACAAAUAGGGUCAAUAUAAAAAUAUACACAGUGGUAUUUUGGAAUUAACGAUAAUUGCAUAAUUGUUAGAAUCUUUUGCACAGGAUAUGAAUAUAACUCUAAAAUCCAGCCAUUGAAGAAGUCCAACACUAUUUUUAUAGAAUUACUGAUCCACAACCAUUGCAUGUGAAAACAGUUGCAAUGUAGAUGAUAACUGUAUACAUCAACAUUGCUAUAAUGUCCACAAGAUGUUGAAAAUAAUUGUUUUUUAAGUUGUGAAAUAUCAUGAAGUAAGCACAGUUCUGUUGUAGUUUGUAACAAAUUGUUAUUGUAAAUUGCUUCUUGUGUUGUUAAGAAUAGUUUUUAAAGCUUCAGGGAUUUUCUUUCAUUUAUCAAUAGAAUCUGUUUUGUAAGACAGGAUAAUUUUAAUUCACAUUGCAAGGUUUGAUUGUAUUUUGCCACUAUGACAACAAUUGUUUUGUAAUGCAAAAGAAAAUCAGUGGCUAGAACAUGAAAUACCAACAAAUUGAUAUUGUUUUCACU